CGAUACGAGAUAAAAAUUAGCAAUAAAAUAUUGGGCGCGCCGAGUUCGUGCCACACAACAUUCGCGAUGUGGACACGCGCACUCCUGUUCACUGCGGCCCUCGCGGCCCUGGCGGCCCUCACCGCGGCCGACGACAUCGCGGAGGACGCGCGGCUCGACGUGCCGGCGCUGGUGCGCAAGUACGGCUACCCGCUGGAGGAGCACGAGGUGGUGACGGAGGACGGCUACGUGCUGACGGCGCACCGCAUCCCGCACGCGCGUGGCGCCUCCCCCGCCGCGCCGCGCGUUCCCGUGCUGGUCAUGCACGGCCUGCUGUGCUCGUCCGCCGACUUCCUCGUGCUGGGCCCGGGCCGCGCGCUCGGCUACGUGCUGGCCGACGCCGGCUACGACGUGUGGCUCGGCAACGCGCGCGGCAACCACUACUCGCGCCGCCACCGCGCGCUCGACCCCGACGAGCGCGCCGAGCAGCGCUUCUGGCGCUUCAGCUGGGACGAGAUCGGCGAGCGCGACCUGCCCGCGCUGCUGGAGCGCGUGCGCGCCGUCACCGGCCACCGCCGCGUGCACUACGUGGGCUACUCGCAGGGCACCACGGCGCUGCUGGUGCUGCUGGCGCUGCGCCCGCAGUACAACGCGCGCCUGCUGUCCUUCCACGCGCUGGCGCCCGCCGCCUUCGUCGACUACCACGACGACCCCGGCAAGGACUUCCUGGUGCGCUUGGAGAGCGUGCUCGACACGUUGGCGUUCCGGCACGGCUUCGGCGAGGUGAUGCCGCGCAGCGCCGCCAUGACGGAGCUGGGCCUGCGCCUGUGCAGCGACGGCGCGCCCUCGCAGCCGCUGUGCGCGCGCCUCGUGCUCGGCGAGGGCGAGUACUUCAACAAGACGCUGCUGCCGGUGUUCCUGGGCCACAACCCGGCGGGCGCGGGCGUGCGCCAGAUCCUGCACUACGCGCAGGUGCAGCGCUUCGGCCGCUUCGCGCGCUACAACUUCGACCCGCUCACCAACCUGGCGCGCUACGGCAGCCUGCAGCCGCCCGAGUACGACGUGCGGCGCGUGCGAGUGCCCACGCACCUGCACUACGCCAUGAGCGACCGCAACUCGCUGUACCAGAACGUGCUGGUGCUGGCGCGGCACCUCGGCACGUUCGCCGCGCUGCACCGCGUGCCGCGCCACAGCUUCAACCACUACGACUUCAUCUGGGGCGGCGACGCGCGCGCGCAGGUCUACGACGCCGUGGUGGCCGCGUUGCGCGCGCACGACGCGGCUUGAUCGCCGACGCGACGCCGCUUAGUGCCCAUUAUUUAUUUAUUUAUUUUAUCAUUUUGGAUCUGUGAAGACCCUUUUGUUUCAGAUACUUAAUUGUUUGAUUGUAAAUAUAUGAUAGCUAGAAUAAACAAUUUCGACACUGUUGAAUUCGGGACGUGAUAAAAUGUACAAUACUUAAUUUUAGAAUUAUGUAAUUUAAAAUUGCAUUUAUUGUAGUCGAGUCGGUCA